AUGAACGGCAAGUUACUGUUGAUUAUCUUCUUCUUAAAGAUCGCUGGGAGAGUACUUGGAACAAAUAAGUGAGUCGCUUAUAAUUUUCACAGAUGCAAUUCUAUUGUGCUUUUUUUGCUCCAUAUUUUCUUAGAAAUGUGAGAGUUUAGCUACAAAACUCGUUGCCCGAUGUAAAACCUCGUACAGACGAGCAAAUUCUUCUUGACAAGAAUGAUUCCUUUGAAUUUCUUUUAUUUGCUCGUGUGUAGGGCAAAAAAUUGAUAUUCUUCGUUGCCAAGGAGCCUUGUUCUAAAACCAGCUUUUGGAUAUUAUCUCUAGGAAGAACAGUUUAGAACUGAUAGAGCUAUCCGGCAUAAAUAUAGCUAGUUAGUUUAGGUUUCCUCCUGUAGUAACACUGGAUCAAUAAGAGAUGAUUCUUACUGGACCUCUAGAAAGAACAGUUUAGAACUGAUAAAGCUAUCCAGUAUAUAUAAAGUUUUUUUUUAGGUUUCCUCCUGUAGUAACACUUGAUCAAUAAGAGAUGAUUCUUACUGGACCUCUAGGAAAAACAGUUUAGAACUGAUAGAGCUAUCCAGUAUAAAUAAAAUUAGUACUAGGAAACGUUGUUGUGGAAACAUUUGUGAUUCUCGAUGUUUCCUCAAAUGUUUGCCCACCCGUGGAAACAUUGUUGCGGAAACAAAAUUUUUCUUCCCGAGAAAUAGAUCAAUUCGACUGAAUUCGCGCGAAAAAUCGACCUAGUGGUAACUGAUGCGAAAUAAACGAUCAUUGUGUUACUACAAAAACAGAUCAAUGAUUUAUUCACUAUUGUCGAAAUUCAUGCAUAGCCAAUAUAACAAACUAUAAGGGCAUACUUUAUACUUCCUGAAUCAAUAUGAUAUUAAACGUCAUUACGUUUUUUGGGUUGAAAGGCACUUGCAAAGCACUCCUAAAAGUACUUUGCUUUGAUGUCGAGUUGAAUUAGUCAUUUUUACCCUCGCUUGCAGAGUUGACUUUCAUUUAAACUGAACGUCAAGUCUUCGGCGUUUGGAACGAAGGCUUUUCGUCAGAAGUUGGACGCGAGAGUUUAGACGGAGGGCUUUCGCUCGAAACGUCGGAAUUGUGUUUGUAUUUUUUAAGUAGCUAUAUAUCGCUUGCAUCCACAGCUGUGUUGUUAUCGUCGCACAAAUCGUUCGAGAUUAACAGCUAGAGCUUUACCCGUAUUCUAAAAGUCCCCUUACACUCAAAGAUUGGUCUGACAGUGGCGCCUAAAUUACUUUGAAUUUGUACUCGAGUAAAAGUAGAAGUAAUUAACAAUAAAACGACUUGAGUAAGAGUAAAAAGUACUGGAGGCAAAACGUACUUAGGGAAAAAGUACAAAGUAUCGUUAAAAAAUACUUGAAGGAAAAAGUAAAAAUACUAUUGUCUGUAGGGGGGGGGGGACUUCUCCAAUGGAUUGGCAUACAAGACGCAAAACAGCGCACGCAUUAUAUGCGUGCACCUAAUAUACAAUAUUUCACGCCAUGGUCUACUUUCCAGACCCCGUGGAAGAUAUAGGAAAUCUAUUAAAUAAAUAAUGCUUAUAAGUAAACCACAAACGAGAUAUCCCAGACGCAUGUAGAGGUCCUAUUACCUAUCCCAAAAUUAAAAUAAAUCAGGAAUAGAUCACGUAAAAUUAAACAAAAGUUAGAAAGUAACGAAAUACUUUGCCACAAAAUGAAAAUAACGAAGUAAAACGUUACUUCUUAAAACGACUUCGUUCCAAAUAAAAGUAUUCCAGAAAAAGUUUACUUUGUUACACGACUUAUCAAAAAUAAUACUCAAGUACAGUAACGAAGUACAUUUACUUCGUUACUUGACACCACUGAGAGUGGAGGUUCAAUCCGAGCUUCCCUGAGUGUCAAUGCUGUUUAUGAAUAGCUGGAGGGUGAGUAGUUCCAUAGUAAAGCCCUGGGCAAACUAGGAAACAUUGUUGUGGAAACAUUGUUUCCUAUGCCAAUCUUUCGCCAUGUUUCCUAGAGUGGGCAAACACUAGGAAACAUUAGUGAGAAACAUAGGGAAACAUAAAAUGUUUCUGAAUUCGCUAGGAAACAUUUUUGCUUCUCGGGAAGCAAAUUUUGUUUCCACAACAAUGUUUCCACGGCCGGGGGGCAAACAUGGAGGAAACAUCGAGAGUCACAAAUGUUUCCACAACAAUGUUUCCCCAGGGCUUAAGGUACGCCACUAUUUCUUUCAGCUCCUAUGUGAUUCUCGCGCCAAAAAUAUUCCGUCCUGGUAUGAAAGCAAAAAUCAAUGUGUUGAUCUUGAAAGAACAACCCCCCGGAACUCCAGUUGAUGUCGAGGCUACGUUCUUAAUUAAUUCCAUUCCCAUUGCAUCUGCCGCUGGACAGUUUCGUGCAGGUAUGCGGUCAACAUAACACAGUGUGCUCUAUACAUACCUGGAGUAAGAAAUUCAGUCAUUCGGCUUGCACACGUAAAAAUCUCACAAUUUGUCAACAAGAUGUGUUCGCAACAGGCUUGUAGCAAGCUUGUCAACAAGUUGUAACAAUGCUGUUAUUUUAUCAAGUUGCAAGAAGAUUGUCACUCACAACUUGUUGAGAAAUUGUUGAAUUGCAGGACGAUAACAAGUUGUUGUAACAACUUGUAACAAGUCUGUUGAGCUCAACAACCUUGUAGCAAGUUGUCAACAAGCUGGGAACAAGCAGUGCGAACACAUCCUGUUGACAAGUUGUUGGAACAGCAUUGCUACAAGUUGGAACAGCAUUGCUACAUCUGUUGCAGUUUUGUUGUGCUUUAUAUCUCCUCAACAGGCUUGUAGCAAGUUGUUAACAAGUUGUGACAAUGCUGUUCCAACAACUUAUCAACAAGAUAUUUCCUCAACAGGCUUGUAGCAAGUUGUUGACAAGUUGUGACAAUGCUGUUCCAACAACUUAUCAACAAGAUAUAUCCUCAACAGGCUUGUAGCAAGUUGUUAACAAGUUGUGACAAUGCUGUUCCAACAACUUAUCAACAAGAUAUUUCCUCAACAGGCUUGUAGCAAGUUGUUGACAAGUUGUGACAAUGCUGUUCCAACAACUUAUCAACAAGAUAUAUCCUCAACAGGCUUGUAGCAAGUUGUUAACAAGUUGUGACAAUGCUGUUCCAACAACUUAUCAACAAGAUAUUUCCUCAACAGGCUUGUAGCAAGUUGUUGACAAGUUGUGACAAUGCUGUUCCAACAACUUAUCAACAAGAUAUAUCCUCAACAGGCUUGUAGCAAGUUGUUAACAAGUUGUGACAAUGCUGUUCCAACAACUUAUCAACAAGAUAUUUCCUCAACAGGCUUGUAGCAAGUUGUUAACAAGUUGUGACAAUGCUGUUCCAACAACUUAUCAACAAGAUAUUUCCUCAACAGGCUUGUAGUAAGCUUGUUAACAAGUUGUGACAAUGCUGUUCCAACAACUUAUCAACAAGAUAUUUCCUCAACAGGCUUGUAGCAAGUUGUUAACAAGUUGUGACAAUGCUGUUCCAAAAACUUAUCAACAAGAUAUUUCCUCAACAGGCUUGUAGUAAGCUUGUUAACAAGUUGUGACAAUGCUGUUCCAACAACUUAUCAACAAGAUAUUUCCUCAACAGGCUUGUAGUAAGCUUGUUAACAAGUUGUGACAAUGCUGUUCCAACAACUUAUCAACAAGAUAUUUCCUCAACAGGCUUGUAGCAAGCUUGUUAACAAGAUAUGUUCGCAACGGGCUUGUAGCAAGCUUAUCAGCAAGUUGUAACAGUGCUGUUAUUUUAUCAAGUUGCAACAAGCUUGUCACUCACAACUUGUUGACAAGUUGUUGAAUCGCAGGAUGAUAACAAGUUGUUGGAUAAACUUGUAACAAGUCUGUUGAGUUCAACAACCUUGUAGCAAGUUGCCAACAAGCCGUUGACAACUUGUCAACAAGCAGUACGAACACAUCCUGUUGACAAGUUGUUGGAACAGCAUUGCUACAAGUCUGCUGCAGGUUUGUUACAACUUGUGCGUUUUUACGUCGGUGUAUAAGAUGGUAGCUAAAUUAUAUAAGAUGCGUUCGCAACAACCUUACAGCAAGUUGCCAACAAGCCGUUGACAACGUGUCAACAAGCUGGGAACAAGCAAUGCGAAUAACACAUCCUGUUGACAAGUUGUUGGAACAGCAUUGCUACAAGUCUGCCGCAAGUUUGUUACAACUUAUGAUGAAAAGAAUGAACAUUAUUUCCUCAGUCUGAUAACUGCUGGUUGAGCACCAUCUGCGACAGAAUAGUGCUUAGUGAUACCACCUAAAUUCCCGUACAAAUAUUUUUAUAUAUAGGUACAUUGGGCUCUCUUCAGCUUUCGGUAAGUUUGAGUUUAUUGCAUUUUUCACUGAUUGGUGAGCGGAUUUCGCAACAGGCUAUAUUGCCCAAUUGAUAGGGGAUCUGAGGUACCUACGAUGUUAACGUCCUUAUCCGAGAGGACGCGAAAGUCUAACCAUUUAUUGAUGUCAAUGUAAAGGUAGAAUUUCUCCUCAAUUAUUUUAAGACCUUGAGUAGAGGUCCGACCAAGGAUUCAACCUGGCUCUCGCAGCCUGAAAGACAAGCAUGGAGACCACGAUUCCAAAACUAGGCAAGGAGAUGCACAUAAAUUACCACAGCUUGAAAGAGCAUACUAAAAUAAGUAAAAUUACAAAGUUUGGUUGCGAAACGUUGUAAAAUGCAGAAAAUAUAGCCUUGCAAAGUUCGCAAAUUGUGUCCAUUUUCGGCCCAAAUGUGGUAGCAAUUUCCGCACGCAAUACAAAAGUAUACAAAAUUUGCGAACUUUGCAAGGCUAUAUUUUCCGCAUUUUACAACAUUUCGCAUCCAAACUUUGCAAUUUUACUGAUAUUUUAGUACGCUCUUUUCGGGAAUAUACUUUUUUGCCAAGAUAAAAAAAUUAGUCUAUAAUGGGAAUUGAGUAUUGUUGUCAUAUACAUCGAAUGAAAAAUCUUCGUAACUGUGAAGGUAUUUAUAUUAUUGUGUUUUGUCAGAUUCCAUUUGAGGGUUUUCCUCGAGACAGUAACCGCUACAACAUCCGAAAACAACUCCGCGUCACCGGUACUGGUGGCCUGACCUUCAACACAACUCAGACGAAUGGAGUGUUUUUCAAUACGAAAGGAUUCUCAAUUUAUGUUCAGACUGACAAAGGCGUUUAUAAACCCAGUCAAACAGGUGAGAUGCGUGAUGCACUUCACGCGGCCUUGGUUGUUAUUUAUUUAUUUAACUUUGCCAAAGGACGUGCUACAUAUGACAUACACAAGGCAUAUAAAAACGGAUGGCGGGCUUUCGCCAAUUUAUAGCGGCCUUAAACAGAUAAAUAAGAUACGAACAAACACAUUAAGACUAUAAAAACUAAUGACAACACGAUAUUUGACAGGACAGCCGAUUACGAGACUUGUUAUAAGGCAAACAUAUACUGAUAUAUAUUUCCAUGUUCUUGGAUCGUCCACAUCGUAUACGUUUUUCUUUAUCUUAGUUCACAUGAGGAUCUUGGCUGUCUACCCGAGUCUACAGAUUCAUAAAAGCAAGGUAAGAAUAAUAUGCUACGAACUCAUGACACUUACACACGUAAAAACGCACAAGUUAUUACAGGUCUGCAUACAAACAAGUUGUUACAAAUCUGUUCACAAGCUGUCGACAAGUUGUGUUCGCACUGCUUGUUCCCAGUUGUUGUAACAAGUUUGGAACAAGCUGUUAACAACCGAUUGGAACAAGCUUCAUGGCAUUAUCAGACAUGUUACAAGGUUGUUGUAACAAGUCUCAAAUUCUGAUACAGUCAUGAUAUAAGAAUGUUACAAUGUUGAUGACACAAGGUUGUAACAAUAGGUUGAUGACACAAGGUUGUCUUGCUGUUCGUUUUAGAAGCUAUUUUAAAUUCCCAGAGGUAUAUCAACGCACGUUUAACAACAAAAAAGCGAUUUCUAUAGGGGGACUUUUUGGGACACCCUGUAGUUUACGUAUUGACUGUAAAUAUUCUUACAUGCCUGAUAAAUGUUGUUUUGUUUCAGAUGACAAUUGGAAUAACGGUAAGUACUGGAAGAGUGCAACCUCUUUUAAUCGUUCUCAACUUUUUCCAGAAAAUUAACACAUGAAUUAAGUAAAAUCUGUCAAAGCUGUUAGCCCCUUCCUUCGAGAAGAAAGGAAUAUUUUUCAUUUCUUUUAUGUUAUCGUAGGAUGAGAAGAACAAUAAAUUGGCUUCGUGGAAAGAUUUAAUUACGCCAUCAGGUACGAAGCGUUUAAGUCAAUGAAACAUGUCCUUAGAUAUAUACGCAUGUCUUCCUGAACAUAGAGAUUAUAAAUAACACUAUAUAUAGAGGGGGCAUCGAGGGUGAAAUUUAGGAGCGUGGUAAUGGGGAGCAAAUUGAAAUUCCAGAUGAACAUUGAACACUACACAAAUCUUGGGUUACACCAGAAAAAUUUAAAACACAAAACUGAGUGUUUUAUAUGAUUUGUAUGUCAUUACUACAAACAUUCCCUCAAAAUUUUGAAUUCAAACGAUUAAUUUCUCUUGAAAAGAUGAAAAUUGCUGACAUCAGCAUUAUUUUGGAGCGCUCUCAAAAAUAUGUUGUAGACAAAAAUAUGUUGUAGAGGUAAAAAUGCUUGGUAAAAAUCAAAAUGGGACUACUUAACUGCCAUAAACGAGAAUUUAGAUAUUUUGGCUCAAACUCGCUGUUAUUUAAGCAUUUUAAUUUUUUGCCCCCCAAUAGCCGCGUUUCCUUUCUUUGACUGAAUUAAGAGUACGAUGCCCCCACUAGUGUCAUUUAUAAUCCCUAUGUUCCUGAAGGUUUAGCAAGGUAGCUGUUUCUGUUUAGGCGUGGUCACCCGAGAUUUUGAGCUGUCGUCUCAACCGAAUUUGGGAACAUGGAAGAUCACUGUUGAAGUUGACGUAAGUUCACUUCAAAGAAUUAUAAAAUAUUUAUAUAUCCCGGGUGUUUGGUUGAGUGAAAAUUGAAGGGCCCUUCUCACAUGCGUCUGAAGUGAAAUUAUAUAAUCCGAGAUCUGCAUAUAUGGCAGGAAAUAAACGCCAGACCUCAUGCAUUUACUAACCAGCCAAAUACCCCAGAAUAUAACUCGACAAUGCAUAAAAUCUAAUUUCAAAUAUUUUAGGGAAGGAGAGAAGUGAAAACAUUUGAUGUUCGUGAAUAUGGUGCGUAUAUAUUGUGUAUAUACGUUUUGUGUAGGCUACACACGCAAAAAUCUCGCAUCUUGUAGCAAGUCUGCCAACAAGCCGUCAACAAGUUGUGUUCGCACUGCUUGUCCCAAGUUCUCAACAAGUACGGAACAAGCUGUUCACAGUUGUAACAAACUUGUUGAUAUUAUCAGACUUGUUGCAAGGUUGUUCCAACAAGUCCGAUACAGUCAUGAUAUUAUAACACUAUUGUUACAACCUUGUGUCGUCAACCUUGUAACAUUCUUGUUAUAUCAUGACUGUAUCAGACUUGUUAGAACAACCUUGUAACAAGUCUGAUAAUGCCACCAAGCUUGUUACAAGUUGUUAACAGCUUGUUCGCUUAACUUUUUCGCUUUAUAUUUUUCUUAUGUCAUUAUUAUAUAUUACACUUUAUUACAGUUUUAAAAUAACGUGUUUGUUACGAACUCCUUAUUGCCUCACUAUAGAUAGUGUAUAAUGUUUCUUGUCCUGCGUUUCUGCGUUUGUCAUUUGACGUAUAGUAUGAACGCGAGGCUUGAAUUGUCUUAUUUCUGUAAUCAGUGCAUUUUUUAAGGAUACUUCAGUGGUGGGGCAAAACUGCCAAAGGGCCUAAUUUUUGUUGACAUCCCCUUUCAGGCUAGUAUGCGAUCGUCAAAGGUGUGAGCCGAGUACUGCAGGCACAAGUUAUAGCUAGGAGGUUUGGGAGCAUGUCCACUCACCCCCAGGAAUUUUUUAAAACUUGGGUCUCUUAAAUAGCAUUUCCUGCAUUCUGAAACACAUUUAAACUCAGAUUCUCAAAACAAAGUUUUAAUGGUGAAAUUUCUAAUAAAUUGCAUGUUAAACAUAAACUGCUUUUCAAUGUUAAACUCAUGCAUUUACUAAAAUACAGGUCCUAGGGCCCUGACUUUGGGACAAUAGGCCAUUUGUUUUCUUCAGUGGUGGGGCAUAGGAAGGGGCCCAGUGGGGCAAAUGCCCCACCAGUCCAUGUGUCUGUUAUGUGUGCGUAAUUUCUCCGUGUUAGCCAGCGUAGGUAAGUAAUUAAAUACUUCAAAGUCUUCAAAGCUUUUUAUUUCCUUCUGUUUCUUUGCAGUUCUUCCAAAGUUUAAAGUUGAUGUUUUGACAAAUUCCUACGCGGCAUUGGGUAAUGGAGAGAUACGAGGAUUUGUUUCGGCAAAGUGAGUUAAGAAUUUACUAUGAUAAUUUAUUUUGCCUGUACCAGAUGUUUUAUUUGGCCUCCUUGCUGAAGUGAUGGUGUUCACGAGAAUUUUGUUGAUAUUUAGGUACACAUAUGGCAAAGGUGUUAAAGGACUGGCCAAAGUUUGGUUGCAGUUUCAAUGUGCUUUUCAGUCAAAGUGCGACACACACCCGCACAGAGAAUUUCAGGUAUAUUUGUAUAAACAUGCAAUAUUCAAUACUUACAUUUGCCCAGCUUAGAGCAUUUGCCCAGCUUAGUUAGGGCUGACGUAAACUUGAUAAUUACAAUGAAUUUAAGAUAUAUUGUUGGGUUUCUGUUAACACUUUUAAGAGCAAGAAAAUUCAACUUCAUCAUCUAUCAAUUCUAUCUACUUUCCUUCAAAUACAAGAUCACUGCAUACAAUUAAAAAAAUUAACAUUAUUUUCUCACUUUGAUAUCUGUUUAGAGUAAGAAGAGGUCAUCAAACCUAUUGACAUUUAACACAAAUGAUAAAUUAUUUCAAUGGUCCAUUGCACCGGUGUAGCAGACAUUAUUUUUAAAAUAGCCAUAUCAUUGCUCCCACUUGACCAGUUGUAUUAACAUUUGUCAAAAUUUAUCUCUUAGAUUAUUUAAAUGUUCGAUGCCCACUAAUAAUUAGCUGUCUAAAAAUCUGGAAUAUACCUAUUGCAUUUUUGGGGGGCAUCCUGCAUAUCCUGCAGAGGAUCAAAGCAAAAGUUUAUCCGAAAUGUUUAGGAAUAUAUUUCGUUUUUAAGCUUGAUGAAAAUCAUUCAUUCAGCAUACCUGAGAAAGAAGUGAAAAAUAUGUAUUACAAACAUUGCGGGUAUAACAAUGCGUAUAAAUGGACGCAAUUCGCGACUGUUAACGUAUCUGUGACCGAAGACCUAACUGGAAAGACGUAUUUUGGAACAACGAAAGUCGCUAUCAGGAAAACUGAUGUUGUAUUGACCUUUCCUGAGGCUAACCCAAAGUCUUUUAAACCAAGUGUGCCGUUUCAAAUCUUGGUAGGUUGUAGUGUUUGUAAGCGAGGAAGGAGGGAAGGAAGGAGGGAGGGAAGGAGGGAGGGAAGGAGGGAGGGAAGGAGGGAGGGAGAGAGAGAGAGAGGGAGGAGGAGAAGAAGAACGAAAGAAAGGGAGGAAGGGUGUGGAUGGGAGGGAGAGAGAGGGAACGGUAGAAAGGAAGGUAGGGAAAUGGGAGGUAGUGAGAUGGGAGGGGGAGAGGAAGAGAGAAAUGGAGGGAGGAAGGAACGGAAGGAGGUAGGGAGGUGGGGAAACAGAGAAAAAGAAAGGGAGGAAAGAGAGGGAGGAGAAAGAGAAAAGGAGGAAGGGAAGGAACGGAAGGUAGAGAGGGAGAUGGGGAAGGCGAGAGGAAGGAAGGAAGGGAGAGGGAGAAAAGAAGAGAGCAAGAAAGGAAGAGAGAAAGGAAGGAAGGAAUGAUGGAUGGUUUAUAACAGAAUAUUUAGGAAUUAAUGACAUGUUAUUUUCAAACUUUGUUUAGUUGAGGGCGACACGUCCAGACAACACUCCGCUUGUCAACCAAACUGUUCGAGUUCAAAUAUUAGAAAGUUUAGCUGGUUUUCGUAGCCCGGACGAGGACGGAAACUGGACUUCGUACUACACAGACGAGAAUGGCUACCUUAGUUUUAAUCUAAAAGUUUCCAACGACAUAAACAGCGUUAACAUUUUUGUAAGUAACGUUACGAUAAAUGUUAUCUGGUCAACUGGUGUUGGUAUUAGCGUGAUUUGUCCAUGUACUAUUUAACAAUUAGUCGCCGAAUGCUAGGUGAUUACAAGCCCAUAUUCACUGAGCCGAAGGCGAAGCGAAUAUAGGCUUGUAAUCACCGAGCCUGAGGCGAUUAAUUGUGUUAGUAUAUUUUCAGUAUUGAAAAAGUUUUAUUUAUAAAUACAACUAAUACACGUGUUUAUUUUAUGAAUAUAAUUUGCAUAAGUAAUUUACAUCCGUCUCAUUUCCAGCCAUUUUUUUUUUUUGGGGGGGGGAAGCAAUAGUUACUACACAUCCGAUAUCAGGAUGUGUUCGCACUGCUUGUUCCCAGUUGUUGUGACAGGUCUGGAACAAGUUGAUAUCACCUUGUUACAAGGUUGGUGACGGUAACAGACUUACUACAAGUUGUUCCGACAAGACUAAAACAGGCUGUUCGUAACAAGUUGCUACGAGCUUGUUGUCAUCAACUUGUUAACAACUUGGUACGUGCAGACGAUGUUUGGAACAACUUGUUGCGAGUCUGUUGGCCUCAUCAACCUUGAUACAAGAUGAUAACAACUUGUUCCAAACUUGUCACCAAAUGGCAACAAGCAGUACGAACACAUCUUGUUGAAAAGUUGUGAGAUUUUUACGCGUGUAACACCUUACCAAUAAGGAACAAUCUUUGCCAGACCUCCAGAAAGAACACUUUAGAACUGAUAGUCCUAUCCAGUAUAAAUAAAGUUAGUUUAGUUUAGGUUUCCUCCUGUAGUAACACUGGAUCAAUAAGAGAUGAUCCUUACUGGACCUCUAGGAAGAACAGUUUAGAACUGAUAGAACUAUCCAGUAUAAAUAAAGUUAGUUUAGUUUAGGUUUCCUCCUGUAGUAACACUGGAUCAACAAGAGAUGAUCCUUACUGGACCUCUAGGAAGAACACUAGUUUAGAACUGAUAGAGCUAUCCAGUAUAAAUAAAGUUAGUUUAGUUUAGGUUUCCUCCUGUAGUAACACUGGAUCAAUAAGAGAUGAUCCUUACUGGACCUCUAGGAAGAACAUUUUAGAACUGAUAGAGCUAUCCAGUAUAAAUAAAGUUAGUUUAGUUUAUGUUUCCUCCUGUAGUAACACUGGAUCAAUAAGAGAUGAUCAUUACUGGACCUCUAGGAAGAACAGUUUAGAACUAAUAGAGCUAUUCAGUAUAAAUAAAGUUAGUUUAGUUUAGGUUUCCUCCUGUAGUAACACUGGAUCAAUAAGAGAUGAUCCUUACUGGACCUAUAGGAAGAAUAGUUUAGAACUGAUAGAGCUAUCCAGUAUAAAUAAAGUUAGUUUAGUUUAGGUUUCCUCCUGUAGUAACACUGGAUCAAUAAGAAAUUAUCCUUGCCGGACCUCAGGAAGAACACUGUAGAAUUGACAGUCCUAUCCAGUAUAAAUAAAGUUGGUUUCGAUGUUAUGUUUUAUUUGUGCAUUUCGUUUUCCAGGCAGAAACGGUUGGAAAGAACGGAGAAAAGGGAACAUCGAGAAAAUAUUUGCGGAGAUUUAAGUCUCCAAGUCGAACAUUCCUGCAGUUGAAGACCGAGCGAUAUGCAGUUCAGGUAAUGGUGGAAGGGUAUUAUAGAUGGAAAUUAUCAAGUGUAAACUUUUAUUCAUUUAUUUGGACAUAACCAGGCGCAAAUAUAGGCGCUGUGGCAGGAAUCUGCGGCCCUGCAACAACAGAGCGGACCUGCGGCCCUGCAGCAAAACUCAACUUCAACUUCCAAUGAGUUUAUCUUAUUUUUUCCUCAGGCUGGUGAAGACAUCAUAUUUAAUAUGACAACCACAGAAGCGAUUUCAACCUUGAACUAUCUAGUGAGUUUACAGUUUUGGAGAAUUUAACUAUACAGUAUUUAACAGUGGCCGCCUAGCCAGCCUGAUAAUUCAGUCCCGCUAUGCAAAUUCAAAAUUAUUAUCAUUAUUCAUUUCUUUAGGAAUGAUUGUUUUCACAGUCAAUUUGCAUAGCGGGACUAAAUCGUCGGGCUGGCUACUGGUAUUUAACCGUUCAAAAUUUUCUCAGUAUUACUGCGCCGGAAACAGGAGUUCCCGGGAAAAAAAAAACUAUGUUGUGUUUGGUAGAGUCAAACUGGAAAAAAUGUUUUUUUCAUUGAUUGUUUAUUAAAUUUCUCACUCAUUGUUGAGUGAUUUCCAGACAGGCUACUGUCCAAUGGACCAUUUACAUUAUAGACUGCAUUUUCAAAAUGCAGUAUUUGAUCUAGACAAAAAUUUCAUCACAGCUUGAAAGAGCAUCACAAAAUUAGUAAUAUUCCAAAGUUUCGUUGCGAAAUGUUGUAAAAUGCGGAAAAUAUAGCCUUGCGAAAUUUGCAAUUUUCAGUCAGUCAUUUUGUAUUACAAACGGGAAAUUGAUGCCCCAACACCCGAUUGGGCUGUCAAUUUCCCGUGCGUAAUACAAAAUAACUGAAAAACGGCAAACUUCGCAAGGCUAUAUUAUCCGCAUUUUACAACAUUUCGCAACGAAACUUUGGAAUAUUACUAAUUUUGUGAUGCUCUUUCAAGCUGUGAUGAAAUUUUUGUCUAGAUCAAAAUUUAGUCUAUAAUGCAAAUGGUCCAUUGAUAGGGGAUCCGAGGUGUCUACGAUUUUAACGUCUUUAUCCGAGAAGACGCGAAAGUGUAUAACCCACAUACUGGUGUCAAUGUAAAGGUAGCUCUUUCUCCUCAACUAUUUUAAGAGCUUGAAUAGAGGUCCGACCAAGGAUUGAACCCGAGUCUCACAGCUUGAAAAACAAGCGUGGUCACAACGCAAUCUUCUCGCAAUUGCAGGAAUCAAAUCCAGCCGUUCCAAUCUUCUCAACAAGCUUCAUGGCAAUCUUUUAAUCUCCCUAGGUUCUCUCAAAAGGCAAUAUUAUUCACAGUAGCUUCCUGUCCUACUCUUCAAAUGUCACAUCUGCAACUCUGAAGAUAGCCUCAACACGGAAUAUGUCACCUUCCGUAAAUAUCGUCGUCUAUUUUGUGAGAGCAGAUGGCGAGAUUAUUGCCGAUAGUCUGAAGGUUACAGUGAACGGCGCGUUUGAAAACAUGGUAGGGAUCUAUUGAAGAUGUUUCGAGAAUGUGGUUAUCUUUUUACUUUGGUUAUAAUAAAUAAUAAUAAUAGUCAUUGAAUUGUUUCCCGCCAUUUCAGGUGUCUGUGAAGUUUAGCAGCGAGCAAACAAAGCCAGGAGAAGCUGUGAAUGUGAACGUGGUGGCCUCGCCAUUCUCUCAAGUUGGGCUGUUGGCAGUUGACAAGAGUGUUCUUUUGUUGGAUCAAGGAAAUGAUUUCUCCGUGUCUCAGGUAGAGAUCUCACCUCCAAACUGUUCUCUCUGGAGGUCCAGUAUAAAGGCUUCCCCUUAAGCUCAUAAACUGUUCUAUCUAAAGGUCCAGAAUGUUGAUGUUCAAUUUUUUCAGGUUAUGCAGGAACUGGAAAGUUACAAUCGGAACUACGGAGGAUUUUCUUCAUUCGUACGGGGAAGACGCAAGCGGUCGUUCAGAUUUUUCCCUUGGUAUCCGUCUGGGACAAAUGUUAAACAAAUAUUUCAGGUAUGACAGGAGAAGUUUGUAAAUAUUUGUAUAUAUACGUAUCUUAAAUAUCCAAGUUUACAUCAAAUAUGAAAGUCUUCAAAUAUGUUGGUUCGCAACGCAAGCUUGUCGCCAAGUUGUGACAACGUUUUUGUUUUCGCAAGUCGCUAAAAUCUCACAUCUUGUAGCAAGUCUGCCAACAAGCUGUCAACGAGUUGUGUUCGCACUGCUUGCCCCAAGUUGUCAACAAGUAUGAAGUUCUUAACAACUUGUAACAACCUUGUUGAUAUUAUCAGACUUGUUGCAAGGUUGUUCCAACAAGUCCGAUACAUUGAUGAUAUAACAAUAUUGUUACAACCCUGUGUCGUCAACCUUGUAACAUUCUUGUUAUAUCAUGACUGCAUCAGACUUGUUAGAACAACCUUGUAGUAACAAAUCUGAUAAUGCCAUCAAGCUUGUUACAAGUUGUUAACAGUUUGUUCCAAACUUGUUACAACAACUGGGAACAAGCAGUGCGAACACAACUUGUCGACAGCUUGUGAACAGAUAUGUAACAAAUUGUUUGCAGAACUGCAAACAAAUUGUGGCAAGGUUGUUGUCAAGCCCAUAUCAGGAUAUGACACCAGUUGUGUCAAGUCUGGAACAAGUUGUUAUCACCUUGUUACAAGGUUGAUGACGGCAACAGACUUGCUACAAGUUGUUCCAACAAGACUAAUACAGGCUUUUCUUAACAAGUUGCUACGAGCUUGUUGUCAUCAACUUGUUAACAACUUGUGACAUGCAGACGAUAUCAGACAGUCAGUGGUGCUUGUCCGUAGCGUGCAGAGGGGGGGGGGGGGACUUCUCCAAUAGGUUGACAUACAAAAGACACAUAACAUCACACGCAUUAUGUACGUGCACCUUAUAUACAAUAUCUCACGGUAUGACCAAAAAUAGUACUCGUGUACAGUGCAUUUGCCUUGUUACUUGACACCACUGAAUAAUUCAGACUUCGAACAACGAGUCUUUUGGCCUCAUCAACCUUGUAUGUAUCCACAAAUUUAGCCGUAAUAUCUUACUCUAAGUUGUAUUUUGUAUAGAACGCCGGGGUUCUUGUUCUAACAGACAGUCUGAAGUUCCGCACCAAGCCCAAUCGUGGAUCAUCUAGUCGAUUUAGAUGUAAGUAAAUCUGACAAACUCGCGCGUGCAUGUGAACUUUGUAAAACAGUUGAUUUGUAUAUUGGACACGAAUGCUAUAUUAAGAGAAGAAUCGUUUGUAUUUAUAUUACGCGCUCAAAACUAUAAUGAAUAUAAUUGUUUUUGUUUGUGGAAACACCACGUAAAUUUAUUACUGCAAUUUAUUAUUUACGUGGUGUUUCCACAAACAAAAACAAUUAUAUUUUAUCGCCAUGCAAACAUUCAAAGAACUUAUAAUGAAUAUACUUUGGAGUUUGGUUAUGACUAUAUUCAAUUUCUUUAUUUCUGAUAUGUUUCUCAAGCGGCAAACGAACUUAGAAAUUGUUUAAACUUCAGUGCUUUAUCUGUAAAAUUAUGCUAAAAUGAAGAGAUUUUAGAUGGUACGCCACAGAGAAAAUGAUGUCUGAAAUUCAGUAAGUUUUGUUUUCAUAUUGCUGUAUAAAUAUGGCGUCAAUUUUCAAUGAUAAUUGUGUUUAAGUUAACAGUAUUCAACUAUUAUUUUGUGUUUCUCAACCGCCAGAUGCAUUUAAAAAGGUUGCUGACUGUGUGAACUACAAAAUAACGCUAAAACAAAGUAAUUUUGAGAGGAACGCCAAAAAGCCUCUUAAACAUUCAUUUCUUUUGAAUGUUUUUUAUGAAUUAUGAGAGAUUUGAUGAAUAAUUUUAAACUUCCUUUUCUAUGUUAAUUUUUAGUCUUUCAAAAAUCUGGGGCUCGCGGAGGUCGCCUAAAGUCAACUCGCAACAGACCUUCGAAAUUGGCCCAUGUUACAAAAGUUCGUUCAUUUUUCCCCGAAACAUGGCUGUGGGAAGACGUUGAAACAAAGUACAAACUUUUAUAGCUUCUGUCUACUUAAUCUCGGUCAAGGGAGCUGAUGAGAGUUUACAGUCAGACAACUUGCAUGUUAGACUAAUUUUUGAUCUAGGUAAAAAAAGUAAAUUCCCGUAAAUUUAAUUAAAGAACUUAUUAAAAUUAGUAAGAUUGCAAAAUUUGGUUACGAAAUGUUGUGAAAUGCGGAAAAUAUAGCCUUGCGAAGUUUGCAUAUUUUUUUGUAUAUGUUUGUAUUACGUGCGAAAAUUGUUACCAAUUUUUUAGCCGAAAAUGGUAACAAUUUCUGCACGUUAUUCAAACAUAUUCUGCACGUUAUUCAAACGCUAAUAUUAUCCAAAUUGGAUUAUGCUGAUGGUGUUUUCUAUCCACUCCCGCAGUUUCUAUCAAGGCGCUUACAGAAAGUUCAAUUUGCAACUGCUAGUUUUGUCUUGGGUCGAUAUGUUAAAGAUCAAAAGGAUAUCCUGGAAGUUGGAUGGCUUCCAGUUAACGAAAGAAGAGACCUCAACAUCCUGAAAUCGAGUUUCAAAGCCAUGUACUUCCCAGAGUGGCCAGAGUAUCUAAAGCUAGAACGACAAACUUGCGUUCGAGAACUGCGCUCAACCAAUGCAGUUAGACUAGUAGUGCCAAAAGAAACUGGAACGUUUCAACAUAGUGCUGCGAAACUUUUUAAUUCCUUACCUGAGAACAUCAGGAAUUGUACUAAUUACAAAGUAUUUUUAAAAUUAACUAAAGAACUUUUAUUCGAAAGAGCACGCCAAAACUAGUUUUUAAUCCGAACAUCGAUUUUAUCUAAUUUCAACACAUAAACGUUAUAGUUCAUAGUUAUAGAAUAUAGUAUUUAAUUAGUAUUUUAACAGGGAAGAGCCAUAUGUAUGGAUCUGUUGAAUAAAUCGUUAUUAUUAUUAUUAUUAUUAUUAUUAUUAUUAUUAAUGUGCAAACUUUGCAAGACUAUAUUUUCCAAGCUUUACAACAUUUCGCAACCAAAUUUUGCAAUUUUACCAAUUUCAUUACGUUCUUUUUCGCUGUGGUGUUUGAUUCCCUUCUCUUUACUUAGAUGCAAGUUGUCCAUUCUCACAGGGCUGACAGGGGACAUUUCAAACUCUAGAUAACAAAAUAAAGGUUUGAUGAAUGUUCCAACUAUGUUUUAUCUUAAAUAGAAUACAUGAUAGUGUUGGGAAAGCAUUAAGAACAGCUAACCAAGAUCGUGUGACUGCAAACUCUCAUGCAUUCUCAGCCUCAUUUGCUCCGGGCUUUAGAAGUAUGUCGUAAAAUGCUAUUCUUAAUUUGAUAAUGUAUUGUUCUUACUUUUUGCUAUUCUAGUUCAUCUGGGCAUGCACAAGUGCAGAGUGUGUCGCCGGAUACAAUUACGUCAUGGGUUCUGAGUGGUUUUGCUGUAUCGAAUGAAACUGGCUUUGGAGUCGCGAAUGAAAAACCACAGGUAUGAAAUGAAUGAAACCUGCAUGUUCUUCUCAAAUGCGACUGAGGGGAAAUUAUAAUCAGACAACUGCAUUUUGCAGGAAUCAAGCAGCGAUAUAUGUUGAUGUAUUUUUGUUUUUUAUGUAGCUUCGAGUAUUUCAGCCAUUUUUCCUUUCCAUGGAUCUUCCUUACUCCGUAAUCAGAGGAGAACAAGUUGCCGUCAAGGUGAUCGUCUUUAACUACGAGAAAGAAGAUAUGGAGGU